UGGUGCACCACAGGGGGCGCUGCUGCAGGCCAAUGCCAUGAUUGUAAAAGGAAGUGCGUAUGUUAUUAUUCCCAAAAUGUCCAGUCUUCCGGAAACUCACACGAAGAAGAUUAUUCCGGAAGUGAACCCGUUCUUAUUAUACCUCAGUGAGUAAACCGCGUUGUCUUCAGUACUAGCAACGAUGGCUAGCAGAGAUGGAAACUAUAAUAACAGAAAUCAAAAUGAUGGUAGAGGUUCCAGGGGCGGCGGACAGAAUUUCGGUAGAGGUUCCGGGGGCCGCGGGCAGAACGAUGGUAGAGGCUUCGGGGGCGGCGGGCAGAAUUCUGGUAGAGGCUCUGGAGGUGGCCGGGGUGGCGGGCGUAAUGCCGAGCCCCCGCCAAUGCCCAUGUCCUCUCCGCUCAUGGGCAAGAAGAAAAAGCCCUUCCUUGGGAUGGCCGCGCCGCUAGGCUAUGUGCCUGGACUCGGCAGAGGGUAAGUAGGCAUGAUGUUAGCUAACCACAGUACCUAAGCUACCUUUGACUGGAAAACAAUCUUGAAUGUUGCUGGCAAUCAAGUACUUUUACCUAAAUCUUGCUAAUAUAGUUACGAUGCAUUACAUCUAAAAUUCCUUCUUUCUUGUUAUUAACUAACGCCAAUGCAAUGUUUAGUGUGUAAACACUCCAGAACCAGACUGAAACAAAAACCUACAGAGGCUGUGGGUCUCCAGGACCAGUUUUGAAGAUAGCCAGCAGAUCUGACCAAUUUGCUUACAACUGCACUAGGGUCAGACAGACUUCCAGUGUAGAUUAAGACACAGCAGAGCCGACCCGAGAUAUGGCUCGGAAAAUGUACCUCAAUCCCGGGAUGAGAAAUGCAUUGUAUUCCGAAUUGCCCCAUUAUCCCAACUGAACUGAACUGUUACACAGAGAAGAUUGCCUCCGAGUGGCGCAGUGGUCUAGGACACUGCAUUGCAGAUCUGCCACUAGAGAUCCUGGUUCGAAUCCAGGCUCUGUCGUAGCCGGCCGCGACCGGGAGACCCAUGGGGCGGCGCAUAAUUGGCCCAGCGUCGUCCAGAGUAGGGGAAGGAAUGGCCGGCAGGGAUGUAGCUCAGUUGGUGGAGCAUGGCGUUUGCAACGCCAGGGUUGUGGGUUCGUUUCCCACGUUGGGUAUGAAAAAAUAAAAAUAAACAAAAAUGUGUGCACUCACUAACUGUAAGUCGCUCUGGAUAAGAGCGUCUGCUAAAUGACAAAAAAAAAACGACUGCUAGUUUUUUUAGCAGUCGUUUAAUCUUCUCUGUGAAACAGUUCAGUUGGGAUAAUGGGGCAAUUCGGAGUAUAGCGCCUGCUCUGCUGUGUAAUAAUCUACACAGGAAGCCUGUCCAACCCUAGUGCAGCUGUAAGCAAGCGGGUCGGAUCUGAUGGCUAGAUUGAAGAAUAAUGUUCUAGUCUGUUGUUGAAUCUCUCCAUCUAACGCCAUCUCUUCUGUCUCCAGAGCCACAGGUUUCACCACCCGGUCUGAUAUCGGUCCCGCUCGAGAUGCCAAUGACCCGGUGGAUGACCGCCAUGCUCCCCCAGGGCAGAGGACGGUGGGGGACAAGAUGAAGAAGAACCAGGAAGACGACGAAGAGGAUCUGAACGACACCAACUAUGAUGAGGUGCUUGUUUAUACAUGACACCCAAGAACAAGCUCAGAGAAAGCUCAGCUCACAAGUAUAGUAACAUUUGCCUCUCUCCUCUUUGUCUCAGUUCAACGGCUAUGCUGGCAGUCUGUUCUCCAGUGGGCCCUAUGAGAAAGACGACGAGGAGGCAGAUGCCAUCUACGCAGCUCUGGACAAGAGGAUGGACGAACGACGCAAGGAGAGGAGGUGAGAGAAGAGACAUCAUGUGUUCAUUAGCGUGGGUUUUUGUGUGGGUUACUGCUCUGUUGUGUUAACCCAGUCUGUCCUGUGUGGUCCCCAGGGAGCUGAGGGAGAAGGAUGAGAUAGAGAAGUACCGUAUGGAGCGCCCCAAGAUCCAGCAGCAGUUCUCUGACCUCAAGGUUGGUCACUUUGUUUUCAUGACAUCAGUCAACUCUCCUGUACUCUCUCCGAGCAGUCCUAACUUUAAAUCUUUCCAUCUCUUAAUGGACAAUGACAUUGAAGCAAUAAGUAUAUUAUCCUACUCUUCAUUCUCUCUCUCUCUCUCUCUGUCUCUGUGUGUAGAGGAAGCUGUCAGGAAUGUCAGAUGAGGAGUGGCUGAGUAUCCCGGAGGUUGGCGAUGCCAGGAACAAGCGCCAGAGGAACCCGCGCUAUGAGAAACUCACCCCUGUACCAGACAGCUUCUUCUCCAAACACCUGACCACAGGAGACAAGCACACCACCGUGGACCCACUGCAGGGGGUUAGUAACGUUACACACACAGAAGCGCACACACACUCAAGCAUACUCACCAACUUCUAAGGGUCAUGCAUGACCAUACUCCCAUACCAUACUCUCUCUGUUUUGUCACGUGUUGCAGUUUCAUUAUGUGCCUGUAGGAGUCAACUUCUACCACUGAAACAUUCUCCAAAUCCUACCUAGCGCUGUUGCGGUGACUGUAUUACCGUCACACCGGCAGACAUGAGUCAUGACCGCAGUAAAAUUCCACGUGACCGUUGAGUCAUGGUAAUCUCCUCUUAUGCAUUCUGGACAUGCUUUGGUAGUACCCAACUCACUAACGACCAUCAGGUCGCUAAUGGCCAGGUACUCAGGGCUCUAUUGUCCCUCUAACCACUCUGACGUCAUUGCAAAUGCAAUUUAAAAUCGCAUCAAACACUUAUCAUCAAAACAGUAGGCCUAUCAUACUUUUAAAACUCACCUCACUGUGAUGAUCAAUUUGAAGAAAGAAGUUCAACAGCAGGUUGAAACAGUUAAAAAUGUUUGUUGUGGAUGUUGUUUCAAAGCCUAACACAACGAAAUUGACAGCACUUUCUACGGUGAUGAUUAAUUCAAAAGACCCAUACUAUUAGAGCUUAUGCAUAGGCCAAGCCCCCCCCCCCCCCCCCCCCCCCCCCCCAAAAAAAAAACAGAAUUAAAAUGAUGAUUGUGCCCUUAUACAAUACAUAGCCUACCACAUAUUACGCAUGGCAGAAAAACAUAACAAAACUGAUUUAAGAUGUCUUCGGUACAUAAUUGGUCUAGCCUAUACUCCAAAGUUAAACAAAUUCUAGUAAUCUAGUAGUGUGGAUUGUAUUAUUAUGCAUACUGGAUGGACUGGUUACCUUAUACUCCCAAAUGUAUAUCCAUGAGUCUGGGAGAGAACGUAUAGCCCUAGGCGAUGCUGUUGGUUCAUUGAUUGUGCAGGGCGGCUUGCAGUUAGCCUUCAAUUAGUGAAUAUGUAUUUGAAUUAGAAUAGCCUAGUAAUAGGGCUUUUUUUUGUAUUUUCAUAAUUAAUUCAGUUACACAUUACCUUCAGCUAUACAUAAUAUCUCACCACCACGCGUUUCCAUCUCCUCUCUCUCUCUCCUUUAUUCCUUUCUUUAGCGCGCAGACGGGCUGUCAACAGUUUAGUGAAAUUAGUUUUAUGAAAACAUGUUACUAUUGAUGUUCCCGAACAGAUUUCAAAUUAAGCACUGGGUAGCUGCAGGAACAAGGUUGGAGAGCCCAUGCCAUACAGAGUUUGGGCGGAAUAUCCCAUCGGGCAGUGAGAGCAUGUUCCUCAAACAGUGGUUGAUGCGUAGAGUGAAAUAAUUGUUCUUAUGUUUAUUUCUCAGCUGCUCAUAUUAAGCACAGCUCCGCUAUAAAACCGAAGUGGCCUACAAAACGGACAGGCGGGAAAGCGCGAGGCCUCCAUUCACUAUUCGAGUGCAUACAGAUGACAUGUCCUUUUCCCCUGCCCAUUUGAUAAUGGGCCAUUCUAAAUUGAAACGAAUUUUACAUAUUUUUUUUAUUUAACCUUUAUUUAACUAGGCAAGUCAGUUAAGAACACAUUUUUAUUUACAAUGACGGCCUACACCGGCCAAACCCGGACGACACUGGGCCAAUUGUGCGCCGUCCUAUGGGACUCCCAAUCACGGCCAGUUGUGAUACAGCCUGGAAUCGAACCAGGGGGUCUGUAGUGACGCCUCAAGCACUGAGAUGCAGUGCCUAAGACAUUAUUAAAUUGAGAAUAGUCUGAUGGGUGAAAAUAUGAUCACUUGAUGAGAGAACAGCUGUGCAGCCUGAGGCAAGGAACAGAGAGCAAACAUUUUUUGCUACUUUCUCAAAUCAAUAGCCUAUAGUCGCACCAUGCAUCCCAUAUAUGUUCUGAUUUCUAAGGCAUUCUAAGGUUUGUAUCAUUCACAACUAAAGUUGCCAAAUAACUCUAAAUCUAGCAUAUACAUUGGCUUGCGAAAGUAUUCACCCCCCUUGGCAUUUUUCCUAUUUUGUUGCCUUACAACCUGGAAUUAAAAUUUAUUUUUGGGGGGUUGUAUCAUUUGAUUUACACAACAUGCCUACCACUUUGAAGAUGCAAAAUAAUUUCUGGUGUGAAACAAACAAGAAAUAAGACAAAAAACAGAACUUGAGCGUACAUAACUAUUCACCCCCCCCCCCCCCCCCCCCCCCCCCCAAAGUCAAUACUUUGUAGAGCCACCUUUUGCAGCAAUUACAGCUGCAAGUCUCUUGGGGUAUGUCUCUAUAAGCUUGGCACAUCUAGCCACUGGGAUUUUUGCCCAUUCUUCAAGGCAAAACUGCUCCAGCUCCUUCAUGUUGGAUGAGUUCCGCUGGUAGUACAGCAAUCUUUAAGUCAUACCACAGAUUCUCAAUUGGAUUGAUGUCUGGGCUUUGACUAGGCCAUUCCAAGGCAUUUAAACAUUUCCCCUUAAACCACUCGAGUGUGGCUUUAGCAGUAUGCUUAGGGUCAUUGUCCUGCUGGAAGGUGAACCUCCGUACCAGUCUCAAAUCUCUGGAAGACUGAAACAGGUUUCCCUCAAGAAUUUCCCUGUAUUUAGUGCCAUCCAUCAUUCCUUAAAUUCUGACCAGUUUCCCAGUCCCUGCCGAUGGAAAAACAUCCCCACAGCAUGAUGCUGCAACCACCAUGCUUCACUGUGGGGAUGCUGUUCUCGGGGUGAUGAGAGGUGUUGGGCUUGCGCCAGACAUAACAUUUUCCUUGAUGGUCAAAAAGCUCAAUUUUAGUCUCAUCUGACCAGAGUACCUUCUUCCAUAUGUUUGAGGAGUCUCCCACAUGCCUUUUGGGGAACACCAAACGUAUUUGCUUAUUUUUUUCUUUAAGCAAUGGCUUUUUUCUGGCCACUCUUCCGUAAAGCCCAGCUCUGGAGUGUACGACUUAAAGUGGUCCUAUGGACAGUGACUCCAAUCUCCGCUGUGAAGCUUUGCAGCUCCUUCAGGGUAAUCUUUGGCCUCUUUGUUGCCUCUCUGAAUAAUGCCCUCCUUGCCUGGGCUGUGAGUUUUGGUGGGCGGCCCUCUCUUGGCAGGUUUGUUGUGGUGCCAUAUUCUUUCAAUUUUUUAAUAAUGGAUUUAAUGGUGCUCCGUGGGAUGUUCAAAGUUUCUGAUAUUUUUUUAUAACCCAACCCUGAUCUGUACUUCUCCACAACUUUGUCUCUGACCUGUUUGGAGAGCUCCUUGGUUUUCAUGGUGCCGCUUGCUUAGUGUUGUUGCAGACUCUGGGGCCUUUCAGAACAGGUGUAGAUAUACUGAGAUCAUGUGACACUUAGAUUGCACACAGGUGGACUUUAUUUAACUAAUUAUGUUAUGUGACUUCUGAAGGUAAUUGGUUGCACCAGAUUUUAUUUAGGGGCUUCAUAGCAAAGGGUGUGAAUACAUUUCCGUUAUUUAUUUUUUAGAAUUUUUUGAAACAAGUAAUUAUUUUCAUUUCACUUCACCAAUUUUGACUAUUUUGUGUAUGUCCAUUACAUGAAAUCCAAAUAAAAAAUCAAUUUAAAUUACAGGUUGUAAUGCAACAAAAUAGGAAAAACGCCAAGGGGGAUGAAUACUUUUGCAAGGCACUGUAGGACCUGUUUCAAAUGAUCACUUUUACACACAACAUAGCCCCUUCAUAUGCGCACUCGCUCUUUAAUGGGAAACAUAUCCUUUCUAAUAUCAGUUCAAUUAUAUUCUUUUUACUAUAAAAUCAGAUAAAAUAAAAUAAUGGCACAGGACUUAUAAGCAGAUCUUGUCAGCUAAAUGAACAAGCCUAUGGCAUGGAGCAUAGCCAGAUAUCUAACAUACUGUAGGCCAACUCAUAUUAUAUUCUUCUGAAAUACAUUUUCUUCAUUUCAUCUUUUUUUAGACCUUACUAAAAUAAAUAAUUGAUUGAUUGCGAUGGUGUAUAUUAAUUUGAUUUAUUAGACAAUUUAAAUGUAGAAGUUCCAAAGGCGCGUAUAUGUGGAGGCCUGGAGAUGCUGAACGUUUUUGUUAAUUAACGGUCAAUUACCUUGAGACCGGCAGUCUUCUGCAUGACAAUAACCGGCUGACAAAAUGUCAUGACUGCCACAGCCCUAAUCCUACCCAUGCCAAAAGUCUUUCUAGGCUACUUUCUCAUCCAGACACUUAUUUGUUGUUUUGGUUCCCUGUCUCCAGUUGAACCUCCCAGGUGGUCUGGAAAGCCCGUACCCUGGGGGGAUGACCCCCGGCCUGAUGACCCCUGGGACAGGAGAGCUGGACAUGAGGAAGAUCGGCCAGGCCAGGAACACACUGAUGGACAUGAGGCUCAGCCAGGUAACGCACCACUUUGUCCUACUGACUUAGUCCUACUGACUUAGUCCUACUGACUUUGUCCUACUGACUUAAAAGCUUGUGUGUAACUUGUCUAGUUUGACUGUUAUUCACCAACCUACAGUGCGCUCCAAAAGUAUUGGGACAGUAUUUAUUUUUUAAUUCACUUUGGAUUUGAAAUGAUACAAUGAUUAUGAGGUUAAAGUGCAGACUGUCAGCUUUCAUUUGAAGGUAUUUUCAUCUAUAUUGGGUCACAGGUAGUCUAGUGGUUAAGAGCGUUGGGCCAGUAACCGAAAGGUUGCUGGUUCGAAUACCCGAGCAGACUAGGUGAAAAAUCUGUUGGUGCCCUUGAGGAAGGCACUUAACCCUAAUUGCUCUUGUAAGUCGCUCUGGAUAAAAGUGUCUGGUAAAUGACUAAAAAAAUAAUAAAAAAUGUUAAACAUCAGGUGAAGAUCGUACAAAAGUAUUGGGACAAAUACACUUAUAUGUAUUAAAGUAGUCAAAAGUUUAGUGUUUGGUGCCAUAUUCCUAGCGCGCAAUGAUUACUAGAUAGGCUUACAAACUUGUUGGAUACAUUUGCUGUUUGUUUUGGUUGUGUUUCAGAUUAUUUUGUGCCCAAUAGAAAUGAAUGGUAAAUAAUGUAUCAUACCCCCCCCCCAAAAAAUUGUACCCUCCCCUGUUAUUGUAAUGGUGAGAGGUUAGCAUGUCUUGGGGGUAUGAUAUUUGUGUGUCUAACAUCCUCAAUUAUCAUUAUUCACAAUUCAUUCAGGACUACCCGUAAUCAUGGUAGCAUCCACAUUAAUGUAGAAGUGUUUAGAAACAUAUUAUAUUCUUAUUUACAAUAAAAGUGACUCCAAAAUGACACUACAUUAUUUGCCAUUUAAUUUAUAUUGGGCACAAAAUCAUCUGAAACACAACCAAAACAAACAUCAAAUGCAUCCAACAAGUUUGUAGAGUCACAAGCUUAAUGUAGUCAUUGUGUGCUAGGAAUAUGGGACCAAAUACAAAAAUGUUGACUUCUAUAAUACACAUUUAAGUGAAUUGGACAAUGUACAAGAAGUGCUGUAAUUUCUAAACGGUUCACCCGAUAUGGAUGAAAAUAGCCUCAUAUUAAAGCUGACAGUCUGCACUAACUAGUCAUUAUAUCAUUUCAUAUCUAAAGUGCUGGAGUACAGAGCUACAGUGCUAUGAAAAAGUAUUUGCCCCCUUUCUAAUUUUCUCUACUUUUGCAUAUUUGUGAUACUGAAUGUUAUCAGAUCUUCAACCAAAACCUAAUAUUAGAUAAAGGGAACAUAAGUGAACAAAUAACACAACAAUUACAUAUUUAUUUCAUAAACAAAGUUAUGCAACACCCAAUUCCCCUGUGUGAAAAAGUAAUUGCCCCCUUACACUCAAUAACUGGUUGUGCCGCCUUUAGCUGCAAUGACUCCAACCAAAUGCUUCCUGUAGUUGUUGAUCAGUCUCUCACGUCGCUUUGGAGGAAUUUUGGCCCAUGCUUGAAAACCCACACGUCACUGAGUUAAAGCAGUUCUGUAUGGAAGAGUGGGCCAAAAUUCCUCCACAGCGACGUGAGAGACUGAUCAACAACUACAGGAAGCAUUUGGUUGGAGUCAUUGCAGCUAAAGGCGGCACAACCAGUUAUUGAGUAUAAGGGGGCAAUUACUUUUAGAAAAUUAGAAAGGGGGCAAAUACUUUUUCAUAGCACUGUAUAACAACAAAAAAUGUGUCUCUGUCCCAAUUUAGUUUUUGAGCUCACUGUAUAUGUUAUGGAAGGGACUGGUCAGAUGCUAUCAAAUGCUGUCAGAUGGUAUCAAAAGUCUCCAGGAAGCAUGUGAUCCCCAGUAUAACUUUUCCUGUUUUUGUAUAUCUGUGCUGAUCUCCAUCUCUCUCCUCUCAGGUGUCUGACUCUGUGAGUGGACAGACGGUGGUGGAUCCUAAAGGUUACCUCACUGACCUAAACUCUAUGAUCCCCACGCACGGAGGAGACAUCAGGUGAGUGGCCCGGACAAUAAACACACACACACACUCUGAGCUAAGCUACGGACACACAUUUGUUGCUUAUCUAUAUCUCUGGCUGUAUUGUUGACUGUCUUCUUGUGAAUGCGCAGUGACAUUAAGAAGGCCCGUCUGCUGCUGAAGUCAGUGAGGGAGACCAACCCCCACCACCCCCCCGCCUGGAUCGCCUCGGCCAGGCUAGAGGAGGUCACAGGGAAACUACAGGUGGCCCGGAACCUCAUCAUGAAGGGCACUGAGAUGUGUCCCAAGGUAACACAUACAAACUGUAAAGUAUAUUUUCAAAGUAUACUUCUUGCUUCCCAUGAUGCUUAUCUGUAUAUUUGUGGGCGCACUUUUUAGUUUUUAAAUGAGGCAUUGAAUUUCUCCACCUGUCAGUGUCUGUGCUGGCCUGGUUAGAUUUCCAGACAUUAACAAUGGGCUGGCCUGAUUACCCUGUAUUAGAUGAUAGAUAGGUCUAGCCUAGAGGUCUCUCUGGCUGUCUGUAACCUGCACAUUACUACAGACUAAUGAUAGAGCUCAAAAACUUCACCUCAUUGAUGGAUGUGACUGCUAGGCUACAGCCUGGUGACUCAGCCAAGGCAGUGGUGACCCAGGCAAUGUGUGUGUUUUGUCCCCAGAGUGAGGAUGUGUGGCUGGAGGCCGCCAGGCUGCAGCCAGGGGACACAGCCAAGGCAGUGGUGGCCCAGGCGGUGCGUCACCUCCCCGGGUCUGUCCGCAUCUACAUCAGAGCAGCCGAGCUGGAGACGGACGUCAGGGCCAAGAAACGCGUCCUCAGGAAGGGUGAGAUGUUUGUGCCCUGUCAAAGCUACAAUGAUGCAAACCAGUUCCUGUUGAGACCUGUAAAGCCUUGUUCACAUUGGCAGUUUGAAGUGACUCAAAUCAAUUUGUUUUGCAUAUCCGAUUCGAAUCUGUUAUUUUUCUUGCUGUCUGAACAGCCAAUGGCAGCUUAGCUUGCUACAUACCUUUUGAUUGAUUGGAAGUUAUCAGCCUACACCACUGUGCCACACCUGUCAUUACUAUGACAACUAGUGUAGCGUCAGCAAAUGACUGCUGCCUGAACACGCAUCUGAUUUGGUCCUGUAACCUGCUCUUUGGACAGGAGAGCCCCGACCGAUUUAUCAGUUGACCGAUAUUAUCGGCCGAUAUUAGCCUUUUACCGAUGUAUUUGUAUCGUUGUUUAAUCCAUUGAAAAGGACCAAUAUAAGAUGCUGAGAAAAUGCUCGUCAAAAAAGCUGUUCUUCACUAGAAUUGGACUUUGAGCAUUUCAUUAUUUGUCCUACAUGGCUAUAAGCCUAUCUUGCCAUGGUGCGCUACACUAAGACUGGACACUACCACCGGACCAACGCAACUACACCAGUCAGAGAGGAGAGUGAACUAGCUCUUAGUCUUACUGCUUCUACCGUGAGUGCUGAGUGGAUAGAAGCUUGCCAGCUCAAUAAAGUGCCAAAAAUGCGCACAGGCCAUAUACUGUUACAUUAAGUGUCAUGGUAGGGUGUCGGGACAAAUAAUGGAUGCAAUGCCCAAAUGUAAAGUAAGUGCCGUGCUAAGAAGUUCAACUCUGUGGUAACAACGUUAUAGGCCUUUAUUGAAGCCAGCGCAAUCUGUUGUGUUAUAAAUUAUUUGCUGUUUGUGAAGGGUAUUCCUCAAGCUCUGUCAUUCGAAUGUUUUCAGAGACACACAAAAAACUUUACUGGUUACAAAGUAGCACUUUGUAGCUUCGUUUUGAUGUAUGGGUUCAUUGUCACUUGAUAGGGACUGGUCCUAAUUCAUGUUUCGCCAAUCGCCGUCCCCAUUUCCGUGACGAGUACAAGCUAGCCAGCUAGCUAGCUGUGUGAGAGUACUUGACGACGUCUACUGAGGGUUAGUGCUAUCUUGGAUCCUUGGGACGUCCCUACGCUAAACCCUAUCUACGGAUAGAACAAUGAGUGAGAUAUUUCACCGGAUGUAUAAAUGUGAAGCAUCCGGUUGGCGUUUCCACGCACUACCAAAUAUGGUGAUGACAGGAUGCCCAGUGGCUGGCAGUGGGAGAAGUAGUCCCGUGUAGCUCAGUUGAUAGAGCAUGGCAUUUGCAACGCCAGGGUUGUGGGUUCGUUUCCCACGGGGGACCAGUAUGAUUUUUUUUUUAUUUAUGCACUCACUAACUGUAAGUCGCUCUGGAUAAGAGCGUCUGCUAAAUUACUAAAAUGUAAAAAUUAGAUGGAUUUUGGCCGACAUUCUGCUAAUUUUCUCAUCAAUUAAACAUUUGAUCUCAAUACAGUUUUCAGUUUCCAAAACUAGAAUCUGUUACGAACAGAGUCGACAAGGUUUUUUGUAGACUUUACCCUUUGCUAAAGUUUCAAAAAAUUGCGUUCUUUAGGAGUGCAAGGGCGAAUUGAGUUAUUGCACACGCGCACUUCACAGGGUAGGCGUUCCCUAAUGGAAAUAUGCUAGAAUGCGCCAAUAAGAUCUCGCUAGCUCGUGCUUGGCUCUGCCCACCUACUAGCUUGUUCUGCUCACUAGGAUUCAAUUUCUCCCAUUGGAAACAACAGGCUGUGGUCUAUCUUGGGUUAGUAAUACAAAUAUUUGCCCUAACCACAGACAGAAGGGGUAACCCAGAUACGUCACAGGGGCUAUAAAGCUGAUGCAUCCGUUUAGAAAGUUUUCUCAACACCGAAUAUGGUAGUGAGAGGAGGUCCAGUAGUGGGAGAGGAUGGAAAUAGGUGAAACUGGGCUGACAUCUGCUAACUUUCUCAUUGAUUAAACAUUUUAUCUCAAUAAAUGUUUCUGUUCCCAAAACUAAAAUCUGUUACGAACACAUUGCGCUGAGUUUUAUAGAUUUGACGCUUUUCCAAAGUUUCCAAAAAUUGAGUUGUUUAGAAGGAGUGCAAGGUCGAAUUGAGUUUGUGCACACACACACUUCACAGAGGAGGCGUUCCCUAACAUAAAUAUGCAAAUACAUGAUACAAUGCGGCAAUAGGAUCUCGCUAGCUCGUUCUUGGCUUUUCCCACCACCUUGCUUGUUCUGCCCACUAUGCUUCAUUUUCCCCCAAUGUAAACGACCCAGAUUAACUAUCUUGGGUUAGUUAUAAAUACACUAUACAGUGCAUUCGGAAAGUAUUCAGACCCCUUCCCUUUUUCAACAUUUUGUUACGUUACACCCUUAUUGUAAAAUUGAUUAAAUUAAUGAUUUUUCUCAUCAAUCUAAACACAAUACCCCAUAAUGACAAAGCGAAAACAGGUUUUUAGAAUUUUUCGCAAAUGUAUUAUAAAAUAAUAACGUAUACCUUAUUUACAUAAGUAUUCACACCCUUUGCUAUGAGACUUGAAAUUCAGCUCAGGUGCGUCCUGUUUCCAAUGAUUAUCCUUGAAAUGUUUCUACAACAACUUGAUUGGAGUCCACCUGUGGUAAAUUCAAAUGAUUGGACAUGAUUUGGAAAGGCACACACCUGCCUAUAUAAGGUCCCACAGUUGAUAGUGCAUGUCAGAGCAAAAACCAAGCCAUGAGGUCGAAGGAAUUGUCCAUAGAGCUCUGAGACAGGAUUGUGUCGAGGCACAGAUCUGGGGAAGGGUACCAAAAACAUUUCUGCAGCACUGAAGGUCCCCAAGAACAAAGUGGCCUCCACCAUUCUUAAAUGGAAGAAGUUUGGAACCACCAAGACUCUUCCUAGAGCUGGCCGUUCGGCCAAACUGAGCAAUCGGGGGAGAAGGGCCUUGGUCAGGGAGGUGACCCUUUACUCAGUACUUUGUUGAAGCACCUUUGGCAGCGAUUACAGCCUCAAGUCUUCUUAGGUAUGACACUACAAGCUUGGCACACCUGUGGCUGGGGAGUUUCUCCCAUUCUUCUCUGCAGACCCUCUCAAGCUUUGUCAGGUUGGAUGGGGAGUGUCCCUGCACAGCUAUUUUCAGGUCUCUCCAGAGAUGUUUGAUCGGGUUCAAGUCCGGGCUCUGGCUGGGCAACUCAAGGACAUUCAGAGACCUUAUAUAGACAGAUGUGUGCCUUUCCAAAUCAUGUCCAAUCAAUUGAAUAUACCACAGGUGUACCAUAUCACCCAGGCUCUAUUGGACAGUUAGUAUUCCAAAAAGGAUUUGGAAAAACAAAACUGAUUUGAGCAUAAAGGCCUGCAGUGUGAACAAGACUUAAGUGUCUGCUAUUGAGACUACUGAGCUUAGACUAGCGAUGAAAGGAAAGACAGAGAAGAGGGAAAUAGAAAGUUCAACAGACCAUCGCUCCGUUUGUACCCAACCUUGUUUCUUAUCCCAAAUGACACUUCUAGCCAUGACACACCCUCUAUUUACACUCUGUCAUGGUGGCCAGAGAGCCCCACUCCUUUAAACACAGACACACAGUGCUGUUCCCAGCAGCAUACCUCUGUGAGAGACUGGAUGUUAUGCUUCCUUUGAAAGUGUUCAGCCCCUACAUAUCUGGGCUGCUCUCUCUGUAUUUCACCAUUUUAUUUUAUUUUUACAUUUAUUUAACUAGGCAAGUCAGUUAAGAACAAAUUCUUAUUUACAAUGACGGCCAAACCCGGCCGUGCGCCGCCCUAUGGGACUCCCAAUCACGGCCGGUUGUGAUACAGCCUGGAAUCGAACCAAGGGGUCUGUAGUGACGCCUCAAGCACUGAGAUGCAGUGCCUUAGACCACUGCGCCUCUCGGGAGCCCAAUAAAUAAAAUAGAAAUAAAAAACCUUCUCUAUUUAUCCAUCACAGAGUGCUUAGAAGAUUGAGUGUUGAUAUUAAAAUGAUAAUUGCCAUGAUUACAUUAUGAAAUGUUUUUGCAUGGAUUUUUGUGUUUUAAGGUUGGGCAAUAUCCAGAUUUUCAUAUUGUCAUGUUGUCCUCCUGUCAUCCCGGGAUUCAAGGUAUUACCGUCUUAGUACACAAGGGGGCACUAAAAAUGCAACAACAAAAAACCAUUGGGCGUCUAUUACCAGAAUGCUAACAAAAUUAGCACAAGUAAUGGUGUAUAGAGGCUGCUAGCUAAAUAGGCUAACAAGCUCACACUAAAAUAAAUGAAUUGCAAAGACAGGCAAUCCAGCUCAUAACGUUAUACAAGUAUCGGUUGUAGCUACCGAAUGUAAUUUUUUCUGAGUUUGGACAUUUACAAACAAAUGUUAGUAAGAGACAUUGUGCAAAUGAAAAAAGUUUUGACACGCUUUUCUGAAGUAAGAAGAGCACAGGCUCUGGAGCAGCAUGUGUACACGCUGUGUCUGUGUGGAAUCGCUAGGUCAAUGGGCCUGCCUGCUCUGCUUGGAGAAGACUGAGGAGCUGACAACAGAGAGGAGAAAAAAACACAAGGAAAUCAAGAUGGCAGCAGUGGCAUCUGUACAGAUAAUUAAUCAUCCUUGGCUAGGUUUCCAUCCAAUUGGCAACAGAUUUUCAUGCAAAUCUUUAAAAAUCUGCAUAAAGAAAAUGUGUAUUUUCCCACUAGUGGUGUUUCCACCAAAUUGACUUGUUGCAGAUAAAAAUCAGUGUGUGAUGACAGUGCACACAAAAUUUACUUUUUUGCUUACGUUUUCAUAUACCAAAUAAAAAUAGAAUGUUCAAUGUGUUCCCAUCGCAUUUUCAACUCUACCGAUAGUUUUGUCACAAGAACUGUUGCGUUAAAUAGCUAAUGUGCCUAUUCUGGUCAUACCGUGCACUUUCACCACCCUGUGAAGUUUCCCGAGUCGUAGUGGGAGGACCACACACACCAUGUCAUCGCAUGACUCCCAAGUUUACUUCGAUAUGAUGGUUAUUAUAUCAAUAUUUGCACAUAAAGGCGUUUCCACCGCCAUUUCGCGUAAAAUUAAUUUUACAGACACAAAAAGAUCCCACCAUGUCGAACAAACAAAUGAUCAGUCGUCAUUUAUAAAAUUGUCCCGAAACUUCCUAUUUCCCUCACAGCUGUCGUGAAUUUUUUUAAAUGCAGAAAGCCUUUAUUCACAUAAGGACUGUGGAUGGAUAUGUGGUUGGUGAUGAUCUUUUCUACACAGAAGAUCAUAGAUCUUGCCUGAGGAACUUCUGAACUUCCCACUACCUUUCUGAUGCAUUUCAGUCACUUCAAACCAUACUUCCUUCAGAUUUGAAUACUGUCAAAAAUACUACGACUGAUUUUGUCAUAGACUGUCAUAGCUCCAAUUAAUAAAAGUAAACAUUGGCUGUUGAUUAAAUCAAUUGUUAUAUGGUGGGGUUGCAGAAUUCUUUUGGGAUAUCAAAAUGUUUGGGAACCCCUGGUGUAACCCCUCUCUCUGUGUUUCCCACAGCUCUGGAGAAUGUGUCUAAGUCAGUUCGUCUGUGGAAAACUGCUGUAGAACUGGAGGAGCCAGAGGAUGCCAGGAUCAUGCUGAGCAGAGCUGUGGAGUGCUGUCCAACUAGCGUGGAGGUCCACACACAUUGAUAUUGUGCAGUAUUCUCAUAAGGACCCAGUCUCUUACAAUUCUGCAUUCUGACCCUGACUGCUUAUCUGAAAAUACCCCCUUCCCUCACCUUCCUGCCCCCUCUACCUGUGUAGUUGUGGCUGGCGCUGGCGCGGCUGGAGACCUAUGAGAAUGCCAGGCGUGUCCUGAACAAGGCCCGUGAGAACAUCCCUACGGACCGCCACAUCUGGAUCACCGCCGCCAAGCUGGAGGAGGCCAACGGGAAUACUCAGAUGGUGGAGAAGAUUGUUGACAGAGCCAUCACAUCACUCGGGGCCAACGGAGUCGAGAUCAACAGAGAACAGUGGAUACAGGUGAGAGGGAGCAAGUGUGUGUGAGAGAGAGAGAGAGGUGGUGAGAAUUUAGAGCAGGAAACACCAGUGUGAUCCAAAGCACAAAGUGAUGUUACCCACUUCCAGCUCCUGUUAUUUUCCUGUGACCCGCUGAAUAAACAACAGUCUCCUGCAGCCAUUAUCCAAAAGCCUUCUGCUUCACCCCAGCAUUUUCAAAAUGUCUAAUGUUGACAAGUGUCUUCACCCUUUACCCAAAUCAUGCCUGUGUUGCCCUUGACUCCACUCUGUAAAAGGAUACUAUAAUCACUUCCUCUCUUCAGAGGUGCUGGAACAACUGUCUCGUCCAUCUUAUUUAAUCACUGCAGCACAAAACAAGCAGCGGAGCACUCAAACACUUUGCGUGUGUGUCACUUGCUGCAGGUCAGUGACUGAUGUCUUUCCGACCUCUGUGCAGUUCUGUGCAUUUCACCUCUGUUCCACUUGCACUUAUUGUCGUGCAACAAAGCUUUGGACUGCAAUCACCUGUCGGAUUCAUGUAUUUGUUUCUUUUCCCUUGUUUUCCCUCUUUUCUUGGCUCUAAAGUGAAGUGGUCCAUCAACUGUUCUCUGGGACAGGCAUGGGAGUUAUAUUGGAGUGCACAGGGGGAAUAUUAAGUAUAUGGUUUGGCACUGCAGAGCCAGAUCAAACACUGGCUUGAUUCAACUCAAAAGAGAACAGAUCAUGUCAUGUUUUUUCCCCUGUACAGUUUGAAGCCCUAGCCGCCCAUAAGUCUGAGAUUAUUUAAGAGAGCCGUCUAUAAAUGGUUGAGGAUCCUUGUGAACAUGUUUUCACAUAAGUCACUCUGUAGUUGCUCCAGCAUUCCACUGGCUUGCCUGACUGUCCAAGGCACAAGUUCUCUCUCGCUCUCUCCUUACCCUCCAUCCUGUCCGUCCGUUCAACUCCCCCUCUCCCUUUCAAACUUUUCUCCAUAUUCUUCUCCCUCCCCUCCCUCGUUUUUUCAUUUUUCCUCCCCUCUGUCCCUCGUUCAACCCAUUCUUUAAAACUCUCUCCCCCCUUGUCUCCAGGAUGCAGAGGAGUGUGAUAAGGCGGGUAGCGUGGCAACGUGCCAGGCGGUGAUCCGGGCAGUUAUUGGCAUCGGCAUCGAGGAGGAGGACUGUAAACACACCUGGAUGGAGGAUGCAGAGAGCGUAAGCAUGAUGACCUUUCACCCUUUCCUUCUCCUUUAAUCUCUCAAUACCCCUGGACCUAAUUCCUCAAUACCCCAAACUCAGUUUAUAUUAGAAACAAAUGGCAUAGUCCAUAGUUUGAUACAUUAUCUGUAAUUCGUUUUUAUUUCAGUGUGUGUCCCACGGGGCUCUGGAGUGUGCCCGUGCCAUCUAUGCCCACGCCCUGCAGAUGUUCCCUAGCAAGAAGAGUGUGUGGCUACGCGCAGCCUACUUCGAGAAGAACCACGGCACCAGGUGUGUGUGUUGAAACCAGACUAAGUUGAAUUGAAUGCCUGUACCUAUUGAUUGUAAUUGUCUCAGAGUAGAUUUCAUCACUGUGGCACGUUGUCAUUGGCAAGUGAUUCAAUAGAAGCCAAUUCAUUUGAUUAGUUGCUUUUAUAUCUUUGAAUUUUGUAUAAUAGUGAUUAUUUAUAUAAGGGCUAAUCAACGAGAGGCUAUGCGUUCUCUGGAAAAUAAUGAACGAUGUGUAAGGUGUGUUCAACGACACAUUAGCGAAGUGGAACUAACCUUCCACGGAGUUGCAUUAUUUUCCAGAGAAUGCAUAGAGCCCCGAGUUGAUUAUCCGUUUCAUACCAUGGCUAUAAUUUAACACAUUUGCACUAGAAAUGUGUUCAUUUGCCGGUAUAAAUGUGUUCAACAUCCACUGAAGUAGCUAGCAAAUUUACUAGAUAGCGACAGUAGUUGCCUUGGUAACCAAACAAACAGACUUGCUAGUUUAGCUAACCAAACCCAUACGGUUAGUUAUGAUCAAUCACUGUUUCAAAGCCUGCCUGUUCUCUCUUACACUUUCUCUCCAUGACUUAUUCAAUCUCUCUCUUUCCCCUCUCCGCACUUGAUUUCUCCUCUAUAUUUACUCACAUCUCUCUCACUCCCCCAUUUUCUUCUCAUCUGACCCCCUUUAUUUCUCUCCACGCUUCACCCUUUUACUUCUCACUAUCCACCCAACCUCCUCCCUCCUGUGUGUCAUCAUCCUGUGUGUCAUCAUCCUCUGUGUGUCAUCAUCCUCCAUCUCAGGGAGUCUCUGGAGGCGCUGCUGCAGAGGGCGGUGGCUCACUGUCCCAAGGCUGAGGUGCUGUGGCUGAUGGGGGCCAAGUCUAAGUGGCUGGCUGAGGACGUGCCUGCUGCCCGGAGCAUCCUGGCUCUUGCCUUCCAGGUGAGAGAGGAACGAUGACCUUGCUAGCUGGAGUAAACAUGCUUAUUCCAACGGUAUCUUUCUUUAUAACAAUAGGGUACACAGCAAAGUGCAAAUCAAGAUUUGGUAGAAGUCAAACACCUUUCCUCCUAUCUGUCUGUGUCCAGGCUAACCCUAACAGUGAGGAGAUCUGGCUGGCUGCUGUGAAGCUGGAGUCUGAGAAUAAUGAAUAUGAGAGAGCACGUCGACUACUGGCCAAGGCCCGCAGCAGUGCUCCUACUGCCAGGGUGAGUGUGUGUGUGUGUGUGUGUGUGUGUGUGUGUGUGUGUGUGUGUGUGUGAGAGUGUGGGGGGGGGUCAGGGUUUCCGUUAGCCGGCUAUUGGCUGCUUUUGGACGAUAAAUCGAAAUGAAAAGCCGAUAAAUAAAACUGUUGCCGGCCAAAAUGACUGGGAGAAAAUAAUCCCAUUGCAAAAUAAAGCUUUUUAUUCAUUGAUGGAAAUACCAGUCGAAGAAAUACAUUUGACCGCCAUGCUUAUCGAUCUUUAGGUUAAUGUGCAUAAUUUAGUGGAAUGAAAUUGGCCUAUUUUCAUUAGUCAUUAUGUAUCUUAUUUAUCCAACAAAGCUAUCAUACGCGCCCAGCAUACAGAGCCUAUUUUGAGCGGGAUUUCUCCUGAUGGAGUAAAACGUGCUUUUAUAAGCCCAUUCAUUGCACAACAAUUCUAAAUGAAAUCGCAAAAAAACCUUUUGGUGCUCCGUUAAAAAUAGCUACUAUUCUUAUUUCUCAACUGGUAAUUGAAGCACGCCUCCCAUUCAAGUGCGAGCAACACGCUCUCAGUGCAGUAUGCAUUUUUAAAACAUACUUCAUUGUUUGAAACCUGAAUGUUUUAUUUCAUAUUAUGAGGCAUUUCUUACCUUGCUUCAAAGUAGCCUAUAGUCAAAAUCCGACCGUGGAAACUUGGAGGCAGUUAUUAUAUAAAGACUUCAUUGGCGGCGCAUGAGUUUCAAGUUUGGGGAAGCUUACAAUUUAUCCUGUAAUUUCUACCAUUCUGUGUGCCAGUUAUGAUUUUCAUAUGUGCAUUUUCAUGGAACAGUUUCAUUUCAAUAAUAACUUUAUUGUUUCUAUGCGUGCUUAGAUGCUUUUCGCUGACUGCUCCAACUCAAUCAUCAGCUAGGCCUAUUGCCACGCGUGCUGCUGGCUUCCCAAAUAGACAUAGGCCUACAAACUUGUGCUUUGAAAUGACCAACUGCUAUUUUUCUUAAGAAACUAAUGAUCCUCGAUUCCUCUGUGGCUAAGUCAUGCUUUCUGGUGAAGUAUUUUCAAUUAUUUUAUUUAUUUAUGUAUAGACAGGAGUAAUUAUAUAAUUUUGGCUAAUUUAUUUCCAUUUACUUCCCUAUUGGACCCACCGCUAUGCCAUUUCUCUCCUGUUCUAAUGGUUUUCAUAUCAACUUUCUUUAAUUGUCCAGAAGCCAAAGGCACAACCCUAGUCAUAUUAGCAACCCAAUCAUAGUUGUUGCAUCUUUCGAUUCCCCCUCUUUCUAAAUGUAACAGAUUUUCAUCUCUGUCACAUAUGGAACCGCUAUCAGGUGCGCUGUUUAGAAUGGUGUUUUCCAAUGUGCGCUGUUUAGAAUGGUAUUUUCCCGCGAACUGCAUUUUGACAGAUUAUGUUUUAUUGGCUGCUUCAUUACAUGAGUUGCAUGUUCUGUUAAGAUGCAUUAUCAUACUCCAAAUGUUAUUUCUGUCAUGGCCAGUAAAUUUAAAUCUUCCCGGUCACGUUGUCCGACGCAUCCCUGGGUUGUUUGUGAGUAUGGGUGGGAUGAGCGGGUGUGUGAUAGAGGAUAUAUAAUAUGGUGCUUGUGUAUGGUUCAUAUGUGUGAGCCUUGACCGGGACUUGAGUUGAGGGGGAGGGGGGACAGAAGACAAUAUCCUGCUGCUCCACUGUACAGAUGUCUAUUCUUAAUUUGACCCGUUUCUCACUGCAGGAAAAUAAUCUUGCAGCUACGAGACACAUUCAUUAUUAUGUGGAUUAUAAUUAAUGGACAUUUUUGUAGGUGUUGAUACAAAUCAAGUCUGACAUUUUAAAGGGGAAAUUACAAACUUUAGAAAGAAAUUUGUAUUUCCUACAGUGCAGGACAAUUCUCUGCGAAAACAGAGUGAUCAAAUUAAGAUUGCACAUCUGUAUUUAGCCAUAACCUUUAACUGUUAGCCUCAGCCAAGGCUCCUCUAUUGAUACAAAGAGCUGAAUCAGAACGAGUCCUACAGUCAUCCAUCUUCCAGUUUGCACAACAUCAACAUCAGUGUCGGGUGAAAGAGAACUAGAGCCCCAGGGGGAUAUUUCCAAACUCAUUUGUCUUGUCAGGAUGGCCCAGUGGGAUAUAUAGAUAACAUACAGUACACACACACACACACCGUUUCCUCAGUCAUUUACUAUCAGGGGUAAAUGUGAAUCUGGAAGCUGGUGGCUGUGCUAGGUGUGUAGGGGUUGCUUCUCGGUCAGACAGAACAGCAGGAAUUGGUGAGAUGGAGAUGGACCUGACCUCAGAUAGAUUUGUUUUGGGAGGAAGUAUUCUAUGAAGGUAAUGGUGCGUUAUCCAGUUGGAGUCUUCUCCAUGCGUCCAUGCCCAGGCUUGCUAGAUUCACAACUGGAUGGGAAACUGCCAAAGUGUUGUCUGUCUCCAGGAGAUUGUAGCAUUGCUUGCCAGAUAAUGUAACAAUGUGGUGUUGUUGAAGGUAGAAACGUCCAGGCUAGGCUUGAGGAUGUUGUAACUGGCAUCAUUACAACAUGAUAUUAGUUACAUUUUAAAUGGUUGUCUGUGAUGUUGUCUUGCCACUGCCUACUCCAGUUCCAAAAAUGUAGUUGUUCAUUGCUAUUUCUUCUGCAAGCUUUUAUUCAGAAGGAAAUGUUGCUAAGGAAAAGAGUGUUCCAAUGUAAUUACUAAGAUGAAAAGUUAAUGAACAGAGUGUGUGUUUGUCCCAUUGCAGGUGUUUAUGAAGUCAGUUAAGCUGGAGUGGGUGUUGGGGAACAUCGAAGCGGCCCACGAGCUGUGUACCGAGGCUCUGAAACACUACGAGGACUUCCCCAAGCUCUGGAUGAUGAGGGGACAGAUAGAGGAGCAGUCUGAAAACAAUGAGAAGGCCAGGGAGGCCUACAACCAGGGGGUGAGGAGGGGAAGCGAGAAGGCCAGGGAGGCCUACAACCAGGGGGUGAGGAGGGGGGAGAGAGGCCUACAACCAGGGUGUGAGGAAGGGGAGAGAGAAGGCCAGGGAGGCCUACAACCAGGGGGUGAGGAGGGGGAGAGAAGUCCAGGGAGGCCUACAACAAGGGGGUGAGGAGGGGGAGAGAAGGCCAGGGAGGCCUACAACCGGGGGAUGAGAGGGGGAAGGGAGAUUGGACGUGAAGACAGGAGUGGGCAUUCUGGAUUAUGAGAGAUAUCAGAAUACAUGCAUACAGCUAGAGAGACAGUAGGCUAUCUGAAGUUCAAUGUCGCCCAGUUAUUGAUCCAGUCUUAAAACAGAUGUGUGUUUAACACCGAUUCCUCUUAACUGCGUGUGUCCGCGUACGUGUAGCUGAAGAAGUGUCCCCACUCCAUGUCCCUGUGGCUGCUGCUGUCUCGUCUGGAGGAGAGGGUUGGCCAGCUGACCAGGGCCAGAUCCAUCCUGGAGAAAUCACGCCUCAAGAACCCACAGAGCCCAGAGCUAUGGUGAGAUAUACAGAUGCAUUACACUUACACACAAACAGACACAUACAGACGGACGCACACAGACACACACACACACGCUUAAAACACACACAGUAACAUGUUUGUGUGUGUUGUCAGGUUGGAGUCGGUGAGACUGGAGUUCAGGGCAGGGCUGAAGAACAUCGCCAACACACUGAUGGCUAAAGCCCUACAGGAGUGCGCCAACUCAGGUAAGGCAGUCAGUCACAAUGUGUGUGUGAUGGAGAGCAAUUCUCAGUCUUUUUAGUCUGCUAGAUCCAGGUGGUGAUUGUCCCAGUUAGCUUGGUCACUAUGUGAGAUGUAUUUACUCACAUAAACCAGGUUUCCAUCCAAAUGUCGACAAAACAAAAUACGCUAGACAAGGUGGGAUCUUUUUGUGACAUAGCGGCGGAAAUGCCUUUAUGCGCAAAUAUGGAUAUAAUAACCAUCAUUUUGACGUAAAAAUCACGCGAUGAUGUGGUGUGUGGUCUUUCCACUUCGACUCGUCUGGAAAGCAUGCCGUUUAUUAGGCUACAGAUGAAAUACAGUGCUAUGAAAAAGUAUUUGCCCUCUUUUUAAUUUUCUCUACUUUUGCAUAUUUGUGAUACUGAAUGUUAUCAGAUCUUCAACAAAAACCUAAUAUUAGAUAAAGGGAACAUAAGUGAACAAAUAACACAACAAUUACAUAUUUAUUUCAUAAACAAAGUUAUGCAACACCCAAUUCCCCUGUGUGAAAAAGUAAUUGCCCCCUUACACUCAAUAACUGGUUGUGCCACCUUUAGCUGCAAUGACUCCAACCAAAUGCUUCCUGUAGUUGUUGAUCAGUCUCUCACGUCGCUGUGGAGGAAUUUUGGCCCACUCUUCCAUGCAGAACUGCUUUAACUCAGUGACGUGUGGGUUUUUAAGCAUGAACUGCUCGUUUCAAGUCCUGCCACAACAUCUCAAUUGGGAUUAGGUCUGGACUUUGACUAGGCCAUUCCAAAACUUCCAAUUUGUUGCUUUUUAGCAAUUUUCAUGUAGACUUGAUUGUGUGUUUUGGAUCAUUGUCUUGCUGCAUGACCCAGCUGCGCUUCAGCUUCAGCUCACAGACGGAUGGUCUGACAUUCUCCUGUAGAAUUCUAUGAUACAGAGCAGAAUUCAUGGUUCCUUCUAUUAAGGCAAGUCGUCCAGGUCCUGAGGCAGCAAAGCAUCCCCAAACCAUCACACCACGACCACCAUGCUUGACCUUUGGUAUGAUGUUCUUACUGUGGAAUGCAGUGUUUGGUUUUCGCCAGGCAUAAUGGGACCCAUCUCGUCCAAAAAGUUGACUCAAGUUUGCCAAAAAGCACCUGGAUGAUCAUCAAGACUCUUGGAAGAACGUUCUAUGGACAGAUGAUUCAAAAGUAUAACUUUUUGGACGACAUGGUUGAUGCGACGUGAGAGACUGAUCAACAACUACAGGAAGCAUUUGGUUGGAGUCAUUGCAGCUAAAGGUGGCACAAUUUGUAAUAGUUGUGUUAUUUGUUCACUUAUGUUCCCUUUAUCUAAUAUUAGGUUUUUGUUGAAGAUCUGAUAACAUUCAGUAUCACAAAUAUGCAAAAGUAGAGAAAAUUAGAAAGGGGGCAAAUACUUUUUUAUAGCACUGUAAGUUAUGAUGAACUUCACAAGGUGGUGAAAGUGCAAGAUGAUGAGCUUGAUGCUCCUUUCCAAUAAAUGUCGAGGGUCUUAUUCUGGUGACAUGAUGAUCGAUGCUUGGCUGCCGUUUGACAAAUCAAAAUAAUAAUAAUCUCAUCAUGUAGUAGGCUGUAUCCGCACUGUAUCUUCGAGCAGCUGGCUAGAGUACACGUGCCAAGACCAGAGUGGGCACAUUUGCUAUUUAACGCGACAAUUUGUUUUACAAAACCAUCAGUAGAGUUGAAAGUGCGAUGGAAACCCAUUUUAAAUUGUAUUUUUUAUUCAGUACAUAGGACUUUAACCACAAAAGUAAUUUUUAUGUGCAUUGUGUCAUCAUGCACAGCCUUUUAUCAAUUUGAUGGAAAAUGCGCAUAUUGUUUUUAUGUGGAUUUUAGAAUAUUCACAUGGAAACCUGUCGCCAAUUGGAUGGAAACCUAGCUAGUGAAGUGUUUGUGAGUAGAUAGCCCAUACAAAGAUUUUUAGCCUGCAAAGUAAAAAAAAAUGUUUUGUUGUAAGUAAAAGAAAAAUCAAUUAACUUCAACAGAAUUCUAAUGUUUACUCAAACAACAUUUUUUUGUCCUCAGACAUCAAAGGUUAAAGUUGUUUGUGUUUUAAGUACAGUGGCUUGCGAAAGUAUUCACCCCCUUGGCAUGUUUCCUAUUUUGUUGCCUUACUACCUGUAAUUUAAAUUGACUUUUAUUUGGAUUUCAUGUAAUGGACAUACACAAAAUAGUCCAAAUUGGUGAAGUGAACUGAAAGAAAUUACUAGUUUCAAACAAUUCUAAAAAAUAAAUAACGGAAAAGUGGUGUGUGCAUAUGUAUUCACCCCCUUUGCUAUGAAGCCCCUAAAUAAGAUCUGGUGCAACCAAUUACCUUCAGAAGUGACAUAAUCAGUGAAAUAAAGUCCACCUGUGUGCAAUCUAAGUGUCACAUGAUCGGAGUAUAUAUACACCUGUUCUGAAAGGCCCCAGAGUCUGCAACACCACUAAGCAAGGGGCACCACCAAGCAAGAGACACCAUGAAGACCAAGGAGCUCUCCAAACAGGUCAGGGACAAAGUUGUGGAGAAGUACAGAUCAGGGUUGGGUUAUUAAAAAAAUAUCAGAAACUUUGAACAUCCCACAGAGCACCAUUUAAAUCCAUUAUUAAAAAUAGGAGAGAAUAUGGCACCACAACAAACCUGCCAAGAGAGGGCCACCCACCAAAACUCACGGACCAGGCAAGGAGGGCAUUAAUCAGAGAGGCAACAAAGAGACCAAAGAUAACUCUGAAGGACCUGCAAUGCUCCACGGCGGAGAUUGGAGUAUCUGUCCAUAGGACCACUUUAAGCCAUACACUUUAAGCCGUACACAGCUGGGUUUUACGGAAGAGUGGCCAGAAAAAAGCCAUUGCUUAAAGAAAAACAUUUGCAAACAAGUUUGGUGUUUGCCAAAAGGAAUGUGGAGACAGACUCCCCAAACAUAUGGAAAAGGGUACUCUGGUCAGAUUAGACUAAAAUUGAGCUUUUUGGCCAUCAAGGAAAACGCUAUGUCUGGCGCAAGCCCAACACCUCUCAUCACCCCGAGAACAUCAUCCCACAGUGAAGCAUGGUGGUGGCAGCAUCAUGCUGUUGGGAUGUUUUUCAUCGGCAGGGACUGGGAAACUGGUCAGAAUUGAAGGAAUGAUGGAUGGCGCUAAAUACAGGGAAAUUCUUGAGGGAAACCUGUUUCAGUCUUCCAGAGAUUUGAGACUGGGACGGAGGUUCACCUUCCAGCAGCACAAUGACCCUAAGCAUACUGCUAAAGCAACACUCGAGUGGUUUAAGGGGAAACAUUUAAAUGUCUUGGAAUGCCCUAGUCAAAGCCCAGACCUCAAUCCAAUUGAGAAUCUGUGGUAUGACUUAAAGAUUGCUGUACACCAGCGGAACCCAUCCAACUUGAAGGAGCUGGAGCAGUUUUGCCUUGAAGAAUGGGCAAAAAUCCCAGUGGCUAGAUGUGCCAAGCUUAUAGAGACAUACCCCAAGAGACUUGCAGCUGUAAUUGUUGCAAAGGGUGGCUGUACAAAGUAUUGACUUUGGGGGGGGUGAAUAGUUAUGCACGCUCAAGUUCAGUUAUUUUUGUCUUAUUUCUUGUUUGUUUCACAAUUGAAAAUAUUUUGCAUCUUGAAAGUGCUAGGCAUGUUGUGUAAAUCAAAUGAUACAACCCCCCCCCCCACCCCCCCCACCCCAAAUCAAUUUUAAUUCCAGGUUGUAGGGCAACAAAAUAGGAAAAAUGCCAAGGGGGUGAAUACUUUCGCAAGCCAAUGUAUAAUAAAUUAUCAACCUUGCAAGCAAUACAAUACUCUAUUAUUAUGGUGGGAGAUUAUAAUACCGUUUUGAAUAGCUCAAUGGACCCGUAAAGGAAAUCACACUACAAACUAUCACCCUCAUGCUCUUAAGGAAAUCGUGAAUGUCAUGGAUACAUUAGAACUAGUAGAUAUAUGGAGGCUUAAAUAUCCUGAUCUAGUGAGAUCUACAUGGCGGAGACUCAAUCAAGCUAGUCGUCUUGACUUCUUUCUUAUGUCAUUCUCGUUGGCACCAAAAGUGUAAAAAGUGUUGAUAGGGGACAGAAUGCAGUCGGACCAUCAUAUAAUUGGCAUAUACAUUACUCUUACUCAAUUUCCAUGUGGGCGAGGAUAUUGGAAAUUUAAUCAAAGCCUAUUGGAUGAUAACUUGUUUUUAACGAGGACAUACAGUGAGGGAAAAAAGUAUUUGAUCCCCUGCUGAUUUUGUACGUUUUCCCACUGACAAAGAAAUGAUCAGUCUAUAAUUUUAAUGGUAGGUUUAUUUGAACAGUGAGAGACAGAAUAACAACAAAAAAAUCCAGAAAGACGCAUGUCAAAAAUGUUAUAAAUUGAUUUGCAUUUUAAUGAGGGAAAUAAGUAUUUGACCCCCUCUCAAUCAGAAAGAUUUCUGGCUCCCAUGUGUCUUUUAUACAGGUAACGAGCUGAGAUUAGGAGCACACUCUUAAAAGGAGUGCUCCUAAUCUCAGCUUGUUACCUGUAUAAAAGACACCUGUCCACAGAAGCAACAAUCAAUCAGAUUCCAAACUCUCCACCAUGGCCAAGACCAAAGAGCUCUCCAAGGAUGUCAGGGACAAGAUUGUAGACCUACACAAGGCUGGAAUGGGCUACAAGACCAUCGCCAAGCAGCUUGGUGAGAAGGUGACAACAGUUGGUGCAAUUAUUCGCAAAUGGAAGAAACACAAAAUAACUUUCAAUCUCCUUCGGCCUGGGGCUCCAUGCAAGAUCUCACCUCGUGGAGUUGCAAUGAUCAUGAAAACGGUGAGGAAUCAGCCCAGAACUACACGGGAGAAUCUUGUCAAUGAUCUCAAGGCAGCUGGGACCAUAGUCACCAAGAAAACAAUUGGUAACACACUAUGCUGUGAAGGACUGAAAUCCUACAGCACCGUAAGGUCCCCCUGCUCAAGAAAGCACAUAUACAGGCCCGUCUGAAGUUUGCCAAUGAACAUCUGAAUGAUUCAGAGGAGAACUGGGUGAAAGUGUUGUGGUCAGAUGAGACCAAAAUCGAGCUCUUUGGCAUCAACUCAACUCGCCGUGUUUGGAGGAUGAGGAAUGCUGCCAAUGACCCCAUGAACACCAUCCCCACCGUCAAACAUGGAGGUGGAAACAUUAUGCUUUGGGUGUGUUUUUCUGCUAAGGGGACAGGACAACUUCACCGCAUCAAAGGGACGAUGGACGGGGCCAUGUACCAUCAAAUCUUGGGCGAGAACCUCCUUCCCUCAGCCAGGGCAUUGAAAAUGGGUCGUGGAUGGGUAUUCCAGCAUGACAAUGACCCAAAACACACGAUUUGCAGAGGGGUCAAAUACUUAUUUCCCUCAUUAAAAUGCAAAUCAAUUUAUAACAUUUUUGACAUGCGUUUUUAUGAAUUUCUUUGUUGUUAUUCUGUAUCUCACUGUUCAAAUAAACCUACCAUUAAAAUUAUAGACUGAUCAUUUCUUUGUCAGUGGACAAAUGUACAAAAUCAGCAGGGGAUCAAAUACUUUUUUUCCCACACUGUAUUAUGUAUAAGCUGGAAGUAGAGGCCUAAGCAUUGUUGUUCACUAGUUUACUCCAAUUAGGGAAGGGGUGGUGGGGUUGGAAAGUAUUAAAGGGAAAUAUAUUUUUUAAAAGGAGAGAUAUAUAUAUAUAUAUAUAUAUAUAUAUAUAUAUAUACAUACAUACAAACAAACAAACAAACAAACAAACAAACAAACAAACAAACAAACAAACAAACAAACAGUGGGGGGAAAAAAGUAUUUAGUCAGCCACCAAUUGUGCAAGUUCUCCCACUUAAAAAGAUGCGAGAGGCCUGUAAUUGUCAUCAUAGGUACACGUCAACUAUGACAGACAAAAUGAGAAAAAAAAUCCAGAAAAUCACAUUGUAGGAUUUUAAAUGAAUUUAUUUGCAAAUUAUGGUGGAAAAUAAGUAUUUGGGCAAUAACAAAAGUUUCUCAAUACUUUGUUAUAUACCCUUUGUUGGCAAUGACACAGGUCAAACGUUUUCUGUAAGUCUUCACAAGGUUUUCACACACUGUUGCUGGUAUUUUGGCCCAUUCCUCCAUGCAGAUCUUAACUAGAGCAGUGAUAUUUUGGGGCUGUCGCUGGGCAACACAGACUUUCAACUCCCUCCUAAGAUUUUCUAUGGGGUUGAGAUCUGGAGACUGGCUAGGCCACUCCAGGACCUUGAAAUGCUUCUUACGUAGCCACUCCUUCGUUGCCCGGGCGGUGUGUUUGGGAUCAUUGUCAUGCUGAAAGACCCAGCCACGUUUCAUCUUCAAUGCCCUUACUGAUGGAAGGAGGUUUUCACUCAAAAUCUCACGAUACAUGGCCCCAUUCAUUCUUUCCUUUACACGGAUCAGUCGUCCUGGUCCCUUUGCAGAAAAACAGCCCCAAAGCAUGAUGUUUCCACCCCCAUGCUUCACAGUAGGUAUGGUGUUCUUUGGAUGCAACUCAGCAUUCUUUGUCCUCCAAACACGACGAGUUUAGUUUUUACCAAAAAGUUCUAUUUUGGUUUCAUCUGACCAUAUGACAUUCUCCCAAUCCUCUUCUUGAUCAUCCAAAUGCACUCUAGCAGACUUCAGACGGGCCUGGACAUGUACUGGCUUAAGCAGGGGGACACGUCUGGCACUGCAGGAUUUGAGUCCCUGGCGGCAUAGUGUGUUACUGAUGGUAGGCUUUGUUACUUUGGUCCCAGCUCUCUGCAGGUCAUUCACUAGGUCCCCCCGUGUGGUUCUGGGAUUUUUGAUCACCGUUCUUGUAAUCAUUUUGACCCCACGGGGUGAGAUCUUGCGUGGAGCCCCAGAUCGAGGGAGAUUAUCAGUGGUCUUGAAUGUCUUCCAUUUCCUAAUAAUUGCUCCCACAGUUGAUUUCUUCAAACCAAGCUGCUUACCUAUUGCAGAUUCAGUAUUCCCAGCAUGGUGCAGGUCUACAAUUUUGUUUCUGGUGUCCUUUGACAGCUCUUUGGUCUUGGCCAUAGUGGAGUUUGGAGUGUGACUGUUUGAGGUUGUGGACAGGUGUCUUUUAUACUGAUAACAAGUUCAAACAGGUGCCAUUAAUACAGGUAACAAGUGGAGGACAGAGGAGCCUCUUAAAGAAGAAGUUACAGGUCUGUGAGAGCCAGAAAUCUUGCUUGUUUGUAGGUGACCAAAUACUUAUUUUCCACCAUAAUUUGCAAAUAAAUUCAUAAAAAAUCCUACAAUGUGAUUUUCUGGAUUUUUUCUCUCAAUUCUUCGUCAUAGUUGAUAUGUACCUAUGAUGAAAAUUACAGGCCUCUCUGAUUUUUUUAAGUGGGAGAACUUGCACAAUUGGUGGCUGACUAAAUACUUUUUUCCCCCACUGUAUAUGUGUGUGCAUAUAUAUAUAUAUAAGGGGAAAAAAAUAGGGGGGAUUGGAAUUGAUGCAGACAAUUACAUUGAUGGAAGUUACAAUCUAUCUGCAAUUUUAAAGCUGAUCUACCCACUAAAAAAAACACACAUAAAAACAUGCCUACCACUUUGAAGAUGCAAAAUAUUUUUUCUUGUGAAACAAACAAAAAAACUGACCUUGAGCGUGCAUAACUAUUCACCCCCCCAAAGUCAAUACUUUUUACAGCCACCUUUUGCAGCAAUUACAGCUGCAAGUCUAUUGGGGUAUGUCUCUAUAAGCUUGGCACAUCUAGCCACUGGGAUUUUUGCCCAUUCUUCAAGGCAAAACUGCUCCAGCUCCUUCAAGUUGGAUGGGUUCCGCUGGUGUACAGCAAUCUUUAAGUCAUACCACAGAUUCUCAAGUGGAUUGAGGUCUGGGCUUUGACUAGGGCAUUCCAAUACAUUUAAAUGUUUCCCCUUAAACCACUCGAGUGUUGCUUUACCAGUAUGCUUAGGGUCAUUGUCCUGCUAGAAGGUGAACCUCUGUCCCAGUCUCAAAUCUCUGAAAGACUGAAACAGGUUUCCCUCAAGAAUUUCCCUGUAUUUAGCGCCAUCCAUCAUUCCUUCAAUUCUGACCAGUUACCCUGUCCCUGCUGAUAAAAGGUGUUGGGUUUGCGCCAGACAUAGCGUUUUCCUUGAUGGCCAAAAAGCUCAAUUUUAGUCUCAUCUGACCAGAGUACCUUCUUCCAUAUGUUUGGGGAGUCUCCCACAUUCCUUUUGGCGAACACCAAACGUGUUUGCUUAUUUAUUUCUUUAAGCAAUGUAUUUUUUCUGGCCACUCUUCCGUAAAGCCCAGCUCUGUGGAGUGUAUGGCUUAAAGUGGUCCUAUGGACAGAUACUCCAAUCUCCGCUGUUGAGCUUUGCAGCUCCUUCAGGGUUGUCUUUGGUCUCUUUGUUGGCUCUCUGAUUAAUGCCCUCCUUGCCUGGUCCAUGAGUUUUGGUGGACGGCCCUCUCUUGGCAGGUUUGUUGUGGUGCCAUAUUCUUUCCUAUUUUUAAUAAUGGAUUUAAUGGUGCUCUGUGGGAUGUUCAAAGUUUCUGAUAUUUUAUUAUAACCCAACCCUGAUGUGUACUUCUCCACAACUUUGUCCCUGACCUGUUUGGAGAGCUCCUUGGUCUUCAUGGUGCCCCUUGCUUAGUGGUGUUGCAGACUCUGGGGCCUUUCAGAACAGGUGUAUAUAUACUGAGAUCAUGUGACACUUAUAUUGCACACAGGUGAACUUUAUUUAACUAAUUAUGUGACUUCUGAAGGUAAUUGGUUGCACCAGAUCUUAUUUAGGGGCUUCAUAGCAAAGGGGGUGAAUACAUAUGCACACACCACUUUUCUGUUAUUUAUUUUUUAGAAUUGUUUGAAACUAGUAAUUUCUUUCAGUUCACUUCACCAAUUUGGACUAUUUUGUGUAUGUCCAUUACAUGAAAUCCAAAUAAAAAUCCAUUUAAAUUACAGUUUGUAAUGCAACAAAAUAGGAAAAACGCCAAGUGGGAUGAAUACUUUUGCAAGGCACAGUAUGUCUAUAUUUAAUCAUGAUCAACAGUUCAGGGUGGAGAAAAUACUCUUACAUAUUGUAUUUACAUGUAUCUCUCUCGCUCUCUGUCUCUCUGUAGGUAUCCUGUGGGCUGAGGCAGUGUUUCUGGAGGCACGGCCCCAGAGGAAGACGAAGAGUGUUGAUGCUCUGAAGAAGUGUGAACACGACCCACACGUCCUGCUAGCCGUGGCCAAGUACGACACACACACUACCAAACUACAGAAUAUUCAUCUUCCACUCUUUCUCUCUCACAAACUCCCCCCCCCCCCCCCCCCCCAUCUUUGCAAUGACAACCUUCCCCUUUGUACUGUCUCAGUAGGACAAACUCUCCCUCUCUCUGCUUUCAUUCCUUCAGUAGGUUAAACUCUCCCUCUCUUUGCUCUUGAAACUGCAAUAUCCUUUGCUUUUGUGAAAUAUGGCUCUCAGACAAGAUACCCCCAUGGCUAUCCAACUCGAUGGAUUCUCCAUUCACCGGGCGGACAGGACAGUGGAGUCGGGGAAAUCGAGGGGGGGAGGGGUUUGCCUCUACAUCAACACCAACUGGUGUGCUACAGUGAGGGGAAAAAAGUAUUUGAUCCCCUGCUGAUUUUGUACGUUUGCCCACUGACAAAGAAAUGAUCAGGCUAUAAUUUUAAUGGUAGGUUUAUUUGAACAGUGAGAGACAGAAUAACAACAAAAAUCCAGAAAAACACAUGUCAAAAAUAUUAUAAAUUGAUUUGCAUUUUAAUGAUAAAAAUUACAGACCUCUACAUGCUUUGUAAGUAGGAAAACCUGCAAAAUCGGCAGUGUAUCAAAUACUUGUUCUCCCCACUGUAAGUAUUUGACCCCCUCUCAAUCAGAAAGAUUUCUGGCUCCCAGGUGUCUUUUAUACAGGUAACGAGCUGAGAUUAGGAGCACACUCUUAAAGGGAGUGCUCCUAAUCUCAGCUUGUUACCUGUAUAAAAGACACCUGUCCACAGAAGCAAUCAAUCAAUCAGAUUCCAAACUCUCCGCCAUGGCCAAGAUCAAAGAGCUCUCCAAGGAUGUCAGGGGCAAGAUUGUAGACCUACACAAUGCUGGAAUGGGCUACAAGACCAUCGCCAAGCAGCUUGGUGAGAAGGUGACAACAGUUGGUGCGAUUAUUCGCAAAUGGAAGAAACACAAAAUAACUGUCAAUCUCCCUCGGCCUGGGGCUCCAUGCAAGAUCUCACCUUGUGGAGUUGCAAUGAUCAUGAGAAUGGUGAGGAAUCAGUCCAGAACUACACGGGAGGAUCUUGUCAAUGAUCUCAAGGCAGCUGGGACCAUAGUCACCAAGAAAACAAUUGGUAACACACUACGCCGUGAAGGACUGAAAUCCUGCAGCGCCCGCAAGGUCCCCCUGCUCAAGAAAGCACAUAUACAGGGCCAUCUGAAGUUCCCCUCCUGUACUCCCUGUUCACCCAUGACUGCAUGGCCAGGCACGACUCCAACACCAUCAUUUAAGUUUGCCGACGGCACAACAGUGGUAGGCCUGAUCACCGACAACAAUGAGACAGCCUAUAGGGAGGAGGUCAGAGACCUGGCCGUGUGGUGCCAGGAUAACAACCUCUCCCUCAACGUGAUCAAGAUAAAGGAGAUGAUUGUGGACUACAGAGAAAAAAAGGGGACUGAGCACGCCCCCAUUCUCAUCGACUGGACUGUAGUGGAACAGGUUGAGAGCUUUCAAGUUCCUUGGUGUCCACAUCACCAACAAACUAUCAUGGCCCAAACACACCAAGACAGUCGUAAAGAGGGCACGACAAAGCCUAUUCCCCCUCAGGAGACUGAAAAGAUUUGGCAUGGGUCCUCAGAUCCUCAAAGAAUUCUACAGCAGCACCAUCAAGAGCAUCCUGACUGGUUGCAUCACCGCCUGGUAUGGUAACUGCUCGGCAUCCGACCGCAAGGCACUACAGAGGGUUGUGCGUACGGCCCAGUACAUCACUGGGGCCAAGCUUCCUGCCAUCCAGGACCUCUAUACCAGGCAGUGUCAGAGGAUGACCUUAAAAAUUGUCAGACUCUAUCCACCCUAGUCAUAGACUGUUCUCUCUGCUACUGCACGGCAAGUCUAGGUCCAAAAGGCUUCUACCCCCAAGCCAUAAGACUCCUGAACAGCUAAUCAUGGCUACCUGGACGAUUUGCAUUAUCCCUCCCACCCCCUCUUUUACGCUGCUGCUACUCUGUUUAUAAUCUAUGCAUAGUCACUUUAACUCUACCCACAUGUACAUAUUACCUCAAUUACCUCGACUAACCGGUGCCCCCGCACAUUGACUCUGUACUGGUACCCCCUGUAUAUAGCCUCCCUACUGUUAUUUUAUUUUAGUGCUGCUCUUUAAUUAUUUUUUAUUUUAAGAUAUUUUUUACUUAUCAAUUUUUUACGUAACACUUUUUUAUUUUCUUACAACUGCAUUGUUGGUUAAGGGCUUGUAAGUAAGCAUUUCACUGAAAAGUCUACACCUGUUGUAUUCGGCGCAUGUGGCAAAUAACAAUUGAUUUGAUGAAAACCUAUAUCCCGAGGCUGCUUUUCUGGUUGCCGGCGAUUUUUAAUUCCGCAUCACUUAGACACGUGAUGCCCAACUUCCAUCAACACGUCUCCAACGCCACUAGGGCGAUAAAGUCCUAGACCACUGUUAUUCUACCCUCAAGCAAGCAUACAAGGCCCUCCCUCGUCCGCCAUUCGGCAAAUCAGAUCAUGACUCCUGCUUCCUGUUUACAAGUAGAAACUCAAACAGGAAGUACCCGUGACUCGCUCAGUUGAGAAAAGGUCACCAGAAUCAGAGGUUAUGCUACAGGUCUGCUUUGCUAGCGCUGAUUGGAAUAUGUUUUGAGACUCCGCCGAUAACAUUGACGAGCUAACCACCUCUGUCACCGGCUUCAUUAGAAAAUGUAUCUGCGACAUUGCCACACGGUGAGGGUUCGCUGCUUCCCCAAUCAAAAGCCCUGGAUUAACACAGAGGUUGGCACUAAAAUAAAGGCCAGGGUUACCGCACACAGAGCUAUCGUAGACAACCCUGAGGCUACGACCAAGGACAGAAACAAGUAUAAGAAGUCCCGCUAUGCCCUCCUCAGAGUCAUCAAAUGAGCCAAAGGACAAUAUAGGAAUAAGGUGGAAUCAUACUACACAGGUUCUGACUCCCACCGCAUGUGGCAGGGGCUACAAUCCAUUAUGAAUUACAAAGGAUGACCCAACCGUGAUCUGCCCAACGAUGCCUUUCUACCAGACGAACUCAAUGCAUUUCAUGCACGCUUUGACAACAACAACAUUGUGCCGGGUGUGAGGGCCGUCACCGACCCAGAGGAUUGGGUGAUCUCGCACAAUGACUAACGCCCUGUAGCACUCACUUCUGUAAUCAUGAAAUGCAUUGAGAGGCUGGUUAUGGCACACAUUAACUCCACCAUCCCAGACUCCCUAGACACACUCCAAUUUGCAUACCGCCCCAACAGAUCCAUAGAUGACGCCAUCUCAAUUGCUCUCCACACUGCCCUCGCCCACAUAGAUAAGAUGAAUACCAAUGUGAGUAUUCUGUUCAUUGACUACAGCUCAGCGUUCAACACCAUUGUCACCUCCAAGCUUGUCGCCAAGCUUACGACUCUGGGUCUGAACACCUCCCUCUGCAACUGGAUCCGGGACUUCCUGACAAGGCAACAUCACCUCCGCCAUGCUGACCCUCAACACAGAGGUGUGUGCUUAGUCCCAUCCUGUAUUCCCUGUUCACCCACGACAUGAAGGUGGGAGGCCUGAUCACCGGCGACGAUGAGUCAGCCUACAGGGAGGAGGUCAGAGACUUAGCAGUGUGGUGCCAGAACAACAACCUCUCCCUCAACGUCAGUAAGACCAAGGAGCUGAUCGUGGACAACAGGAAAGGGGGGGGGGGGGGGGCGAGCACGCCAACAUCCACAUCGACUGGGCUGCAGUGGAGCAGGUCGAGAGCUUUAAGUUCCUCUGUGUCCAAAUCACUAAAGAUCACUAAUGGUCCAAACACGUGCACAGUCGUGAAGAAGGCGCGACAGCGCCUCUUCCCCAUCUGUAGGUUGAAAUAGUUUGACAUAUCUACAGCUGUACCAUUGAGAACAUUUUAACUGGCUGCAUCACUGCCUGGUAUGGCAAUAUGACCACCCUCGUUUGCAUGGCGCUACAGUGGGUGGUGCGGACAGUGCAGUACAUCGCUGGGGCCGAGCUCCCUGCCAUCUAGGACAUCUAUAUCAGGCGGUGUGUUAGGAAUGCCCUGAAAAUGGUUAGACUCCAAUUACCGAAGCCAUAGACUAUUCUCUCUGCUUCCGUACGGCAAGUGGUACCGGUGCAUCAAGUCUGGCACCAAUAGGUUCUUGAACAGCUUCUAUCCCCAAGCAAUACGACUGAUAAAUAGCUAACAAAAUAGUUACACAGACUAUCUGAGUUAACCUCGUAUCCUCAUUGACCUUUUUAUCUUUUCUCUAUGCACUCACAGGGCCAACACACUCACACACACUCACUCCAUCUUCUCACUCACACAUAAUAUGCACAUACAUUUAUACUGACUCUACACACACGCACACCCACUCACAUACAAGCUGCUGCUAAUCUGUUUAUCUUAUUUCCUGUAUACAUAUCUACCUCCAUCACUCCAGUAUCCCUGUAUGGUAUUGGAACUGACCCUGUAAAUAGUAUGCUUGCUUACUUACUUAUUGUGUUCUUCAUAUUUCUUAUUUCUCGUGUGUGUUUCUUUCUAGUAUUAUGUUAUUGAUCAUUGCAUUGUUGGGUUUUGAGUUUGCAAGAAAGGCAUUUCACUGUACUUGUGCAUGUGACUUUAAAACUUGAAACUUUCAUUCCUUCAGUAGGUUAAACUGUCCCUCUCUCUGCUUUCAUUCCUUCAGUAGGUUAAACUCUCCCUCUCUGCUUUCAUUCCUUCAGUAGGUUAAACUCUCCCUCUCUGCUUUCAUUCCUUCAGUAGGUUAAACUGUCCCUCUCUCUGCUUUCAUUCCUUCAGUAGUUUAAACUCUCCUUCUCUCUGCUUUCAUUCCUUCAGUAGGUUAAACUCUCUCUCUCUCUGCUUUCAUUCCUUCAGUAGGUUAAACUCUCUCUCUCUCUGCUUUCAUUCCUUCAGUAGUUUAAACUCUCCUUCUCUCUGCUUUCAUUCCUUCAGUAGGUUAAACUCUCUCUCUCUCUCUGCUUUCAUUCCUUCAGUAGGUUAAACUCUCCUUCUCUCUGCUUUCAUUCCUUCAGUAGUUUAAACUCUCCCUCACUCUCUCCCUUGCUUUCACUCUACCAGUACAACACAUGCCCACUAUCUCCUCUCCCUCUGUCAACAUCUUAGUUGUAAUCUGGCGGUAACCAGCUGGCGUGUGUGUGUGUGUGUAUCACAGGCUGUUCUGGAGCGAGCGUAAGAUCACUAAGGCCAGAGAGUGGUUCCUGAGGACAGUGAAGAUUGAGCCAGACCUGGGAGACGCCUGGGCCCUCUUCUACAAGUUUGAGAUGCAACACGGCACAGAGGUAUGUGUGUGUGUGUCUGAAUGAGCUUGUAUGUGUGUGGGGGGCUCUGUGUUGUUCUAUGCGUCUCACCCCUCUCCCCUCUCUCUGUGUCCCCUGUAGGAGCAGCAGGAAGAGGUGCGUAAGCGUUGUGAGAAUGCUGAGCCGCGUCACGGGGAGCUGUGGUGUGCUGAAUCCAAACAUGUCCUCUACUGGCAGAAGAAGAUAGGAGAGAUCCUCACGCAGGUCGCCUCCAAGAUCAAAAACACCUUCUAAAGAUGGACAGACAGACACUGUGUGUGUGUUAUUGAUCUGUUUCUCUGACUCCAUGUCCCUCUGUCCAUUAACCAGGGACAGACACCCCAUGUUCUCUCCUUUCAAAGUCUGUGGUAGAGAGUAGCAGCAUAAUUGCAGUCUUCGGGGACACACACACACAGACACACUUGCCUGGGCUGAGGAGUGGACUACGGUUCACUAGUAGUACAGAAUAUUUGCAUAUUUGCAAUGUAUGCAGAGUUUUAAAGCACAUUGCUGUUGGGAAAAUAAAAUGAAAACAGGAUAUUUUGUUGAACAUCAUUUUUUAUGGAAUUGUGAAAUAUAAUGUCCUUCAAUUGAAUCUGCAAGGGUAUUCUUGGAGAAGAGAAAUGUACCUGAUACCAGCUCUGUAAAGAAGUUAAUGCGACCAUUAAUUUGACCAUGGUAUUGUUUUUUUUACUCCUCUGUCAUUUGCUUGAACGAGAUAUACGCCGUAAAUAGUUAGUCAUGAUUCACUUCCUGUGUAUGUGUUACAACUGUUGAAAACUGCUCUGGAUGAUUCUUCAAUAAACAACAAACUGAAAACCUUACCAUUUAAUUGCCUUAGAUAUAAGAUAUCUUCUUAAGAAAACAAGCAUCUUCCAAGAUCUGUAUGUGGCAUGACAAUGAUAGUCAGGCUCAAAGAUCACACAGGUAACUGCCAGAAUAAAGGA